AUGAUCCAUUCGCUGCUGCUGCUGCUACUGCCCUCGUGCGCCUUGGCGGCGGCGUUGGCAGCGCCGCCGGAGCAAAUUCACCUCGCACUGACGGAAAGCGCUGGAUCCAUGCGCACAUUGCACUCGGCGGUCCUCGACGGGCUGCGGGACGGCUUCGAGUACGAGUACGUCGUCGCGUCCGCGAGGAACGAGUCGUCGCCGACGCUCGCGUUCCGGUACCGCGAAGGCGCGACGGAGCUCUCGCUGCUCGCCUACGGCGACAUGGGCGUCAUCAAUAGCGCGGGCACCAUCAAGGUCGCCGACGCGCUCGCGUCGUCCGGCCGCUACGACCUCUUCCUGAACGUCGGCGACACGAGCUACGCGAACGACGUCGGCGAACGCGGCAACAACUCCUGGGUCUUCGACGAGCACUUUCGCAACAUCCAGGGCCACGUGUCGACCAUGCCGUUCAUGACGGUGCCGGGCAACCACGAGGCGCAGUACGACUACGCGCCCUACAUAAAUCGCCUGCCGAUGCCGCGGAUGGCUCGCGCGUCGAAGCAGCUCGCGCCGUUCUACUACGCGUUCGACUACGGUCCGGCCCACUUCAUCGCCUACUCGUCCGAGGAGGGCCACUCGUUGAAGAAGGACAGCGAGCAGUGGAGGUUCAUCGCAGCGGACCUGGAGGCGGCGAACAAGAACCGGGCCGCGCGGCCGUGGAUCGUCGCGUUCACGCACCACCCGAUGUACUGCAGCGACCUCAUCACGGAAUCGACGCGCUGCCGGAAGGAGGCGUUCGCGUACCGCCGGGACCUCGAGGAUCUCUUCCACGAGCACAAGCUCGAUCUGCACAUCAGCGGCCAUAACCAUCAGUACGAACGGUCCGUCGGCGUCUACGGGUGCGACGAAAAGGGCACGAAGAAGUGCGAGCUCUCCGCGGAGACGCACAACCACGAGCUACCUAUAUAUAUUGUCAACGGCGCCGGCGGCGACACGGAAGGGAUCGAUCCAACGUGGGUACCCGAAUUCCUCGCCCCUUUCCGCGCGUUCCACGCCUCCGGCCUCCGCACGGGCCUCGCGACGGUCGAUCUCAACCUGACGCACCUCGUCUGGCGCUUCCAGUACACGGGCCGCGGCGCGUGGCCCCACUCGCGCUACGUGAUCCUGCGCGGCUGUCUCGGCGACGUCGCCCCGCUUCGCGCGACGAUCACAGACAUGCUCAAGAGCGCGGGCAUCGACCUGAGCGAUGCGACGACGUACCACACGGGCGAGAAAUGGCACCUGUGGGAUUCGUCGAAGGCGAACAGCAACUCCGAGGGCGCGCACGCGCGGCUCCCGCGGGCGAUCGACCUGCCGGGCCUCGACCGCUUGCGCCGGCACCUCGACGCGCUGCACGGCUGCGCCGACUGGAAGUUCAUCGACGACGGCCACUGCAUGCUCGGCAAGUGGGCGACGGACACGGUGCACGUCCGCUACCCGCGACCCGAAAAGAAGCCCUGGCGACCGCCGGCGCUCGGUUACCACAUCGACGGUGCUCACUUCGACCCGCACUACUACGACAGCCCGGAGCAGAGCGCCAUCGUACUGCCCGUGGUGAGCGACGUCGCGCGCGGCGGCGGGUCGACCGUCGUCGUCCCGGGAAGCCACAGGCGCGUGCGGGACCGCCUCGCGAAUUCCGGCGGGCUGAGCUACGUGGGCCUCUUCGCGCUCGCCCACUGGAUCGGCCUCCGCGCCAAGCUCGCCGGCGCCUGCCUCGAGACGGCGCCCUGCGACGCCGGCGACGUGCUCGUCAUGCACCCGCUCCUCGUGCACUCGGCGAGCGCGAACGCGACGGCCGCGCCGCGCCUCGCCUUCAACAUGGGCGUCCGCUGCGCGUCGCUCUUCGCCGUGCACUGGACCCACGUGCCCAAGGCCGGCGGCACGGCCAUGGCGUCGCUGGCGCGGCGCGUCGCCUGCAAGAAGAACCCGGCCCUCGCGACGUGGGUGCCGCCCGGCGGGGCGGACCCGGUCCAUCUGAACCCGUGCUGCGUGCCGCGGCUCUGCGUCAGCGAGAUCUCCUGCUACGCGUCGUCGAGCACGUGCCCGUUCGUCACGGGCAUCGGCCGCCACACGUCGUCCAUGGCGAACCUCGUGGACAUGCCCUGCUGCGCGCGCGAGUGGUUCGCGAAGACGCGGACGUCCUUCUUCCGCAGCGCGCUGCGGCCGCCCAUGUCCGACGAGGAGAUGCGGCGGCGGAGCUACGCGCGGGUCCACGGCAAGUGGGCGCAGGUCGACCGGUACGGCAACGCGACGGCCGCGAGCGGCAACGCCGGCGCCCUGAGCCGCAUGCGGUCCUACGACGUCUGGCCGCUGGAGUCGCGCGUGGCCUUCUUCGCGCGCGUCGCCGUGCCGCUCGACAUGAUCGAGAAGCGGAUCCGCGACGUCGGCGUCCGCGGCGACGACAGGGAGGCCCAGCGGCGGCUGAUCAUGCUCGCGCGCCGCGAGAGCGUCGAGAAGGACAUGACGGAGAAGUCGCCGGAGCACACGGGGUUCUGCCACCGCGCGUCGCACGCGAUCUGGGCCGGCGCCGUCGCGGAGCAGGUCCACGACUGGGCGGACGCGCCCGACGGCAUGGACCUCGCCACGGCGGCGCGCGAGCGGCCCUGCUGCGGCCUCCGGCAGCCCGGCGACAGCAGCAUGACCCUGCUGCGGAACCCGUUCACGCGCGCGGCGAGCGCGUACUUCUACCGGGGCCACUCGCCGAACAACGACCUCUACGGCCUGCGGCCGGGGCUCUGGGGCACGUCGUCGGAGCGCUUCGAGGGCCGGGGCACGAAGAGGUUCAAGCACUACUCCUUCCGCGAGUUCGCCGAGGCCGAGGAGUACCGCGACAUCGCCACGAAGAUGUUCGGCGACCCGACGGGCUGCGACAAGGCGCGCCGGUGCCGCGGCCGGUCGAACUGCGUCGUCCUCACGGCCUGCCACGGCUACCGCAACGCGUCGUCCUACCUCGGCCCGGCCCACGUCGACGCGGCCUUCCGAGCGCUCCGGCGCCACGCGUUCUUCGGCCUCCUCGAGGCCUACAACAGCUCCGUGCGCCUCGCGCUCCGCGAGUUCGACGUCGCGCCGGCGUCCAAGGACCGCGACUUCAUGGCCUCGCGGAGCAGCGGCUCCCUGAAGCAGCAGUGCUCCGGGGCCAAGGCGCUCCGCGUCAACGCGACGGUCUGCCGCGGCUACUUCGACCUCAACCGCAACGACUUCGCGCUCUACGAGCGCGUCCACCGCGAGUUCUGCGGCCGCCUCGACGCCAACGACCUCAUGGGCCAUCCGAACGUCCGGGAGGAGCUGGGCAGGGCGCGCCUCUGCGGCGACGUCGACUUCUCGGACGUCGAGGACGUCUGCGGGCCCCUCGAGGCGCCGGACGUCGUCGCGAAGCUCGACGCGCUCCGGGACAAGUGCGGCCGCCUCAAGGUCGAGCGCGCCUGGACCUGGGGGUUCUAA